CGUGGUCUUUAGAGGUUACGCAGUACGUCAUUGAUUUUACUUUUACUAUAAGCAAACAUACUUUUUGUUAAUUUAUAAGGUAUUCACCUAUUGAUUUUAUUGUGCAUAGAAAAAUUUAAAGAAAACUCACCGAAAUGCUGUACCUUGAAGAUUAUUUGGAAAUGAUUGAACAUCUACCUCAAGAAUUGAGAGAUAGAUUUACUGAAAUGCGUGAAAUGGAUUUAUCCGUCCAAAAUAAUAUGGACACACUUGAGAAAAAAGUAAGAACAUUAUUUGCUGGUUGCCGCCGUGGUGAAAUGAACACAGAGCAAGCCAAUACAGAAUUUGCAGAUAUAAAACAAGGAUAUAAUAAGACAUUGGAGGAGGCUGAUGAAAAAGUUGCAUUAGCCAACCAGAUGCGGGACUUAGUUGAUCGAUAUUUACGAAGACUGGAUACAGAACUACACAAAUUCAAAUGUGAAUUAGAAGCAGACAAUAAAGGUAUAACUGAACUGCUUGAAAAAAGAUCACUGGAGUUAGAUAUCAAUACCAAUCAUACACCAACACCAAAUAAUAAUCAUUAUAAGGAGAACAGAUAUAGGAUCAGAGAGAAACGACGUGAAAGUUGGGGCACCAGAGACUCCCGCUCUCAUGCUACUUCUGGAAACCUUUCAAGAACUGAUUCUGCUAUUCAGGCUGCACUAGGUCGGGAUUCAUACACAUUGGGGCAUGCAGGCAGUGCAAUAGCAGCUGCAGCGAGCCAGGCCAUUGCGGCCACACAACAGAUGCAACAUGGCCGCCGCACGGCGUCGCUGAAGGCGUCGUACGAAGCGGUGGCGGGCGGAGAGUUGGCGCAUCACGCUUUGCAUCAAACUCACGCGCAUCAUGACCACGGUCAUGGGCUUAGUUCGGGCCAUAGCCAAACAACCACUGUUCACGGACACCAUACAACGUCGCAUGGUCACAGUAACUCUUCGUCAUCACACAAAAGGCAAAAGCAAAAAAAAAGCACAUAUGGCUCUACAUCAAGUAUGUCGUCUCAUACGCAACAAGCAGUCGCCGUGGCCAGCCGGUCUUCAUCGCCUACUGUCGUUGGCAACAUAGUGAAUAAUGUUACUAUCGAAGAGCCAAUGGAAGAGGAGUGGACUUACGACCCCAACGAGCCCCGAUACUGCAUCUGCAAUCAAGUGUCUUACGGAGACAUGGUUGCUUGUGAUAACCAAGACUGUCCCUACGAAUGGUUCCACUACCCGUGCGUGGGUAUCACAGCGCCGCCCAAGGGAAAAUGGUACUGCCCGCCGUGCCAGGCCAGCCGCCGCAACCGCGCACAUCGCAAGAACUGAAUCUAUUCCUACUGUGCUACUGCUCCUGGCUUUGUUCCCGUGGGAAAAAAAUACAUAAUUCCGGCGGAAAAUACUUCGACCACCAGGCAAUCAGCAGCGCAUUCCUAAUUUGUUUUAGCAACUAUUAAAAUAAUGUGAUCUCUUGUAGAUUUGAAAAUAUAACUGAAACUUGAGUAUUCUGUUAUACCAUUUUUGCUGACUUUUAAAUUACCAUGCAAAAAGAUUUUCUGUUUUACAGUAACUGUAUAUAUAGAAACAUAACAUUUAUUAAAACAACAUGGUAUAGACGUUAAUAUGUUAAAUCGUUAAGCAUUUAAAAAAAGACUUUGAUUUUAUUGUAUACGUUUUAGAGUAAUAAAUAAAUUAUGUACACAA